AUAGCCGGCAAGCGGCCGACAGUGCUCACUUGACCACCGACCGUAACAGAGUAUUCGCAUUUCAUAGGUAGCAUAUCGAGAGUCAGUGCUGGCGGUGUGAAGAAGUUUUGUUCUGUGAAAGAAAGUGACCAGUUCGAUUCACAAUGGGUCUUCUGAUCUUCGUUGUUGCUUCUCUUUUGUUGUACAACGUGGCGCUCGGUGACGGCGAGUUCGGUUAUAGCGGGGAAGAAGGACCACAAAACUGGGGCGACAGUUUUAAGACGUGCUUGGGGAAAUACCAGUCCCCCAUUGACAUUGAAGAUAAGGAUGUUUGGAACUCUACCUUUCCACCACUAGAAAUUUUUAACGUUGAGAGCCCUCACCCAGCCUACAUGACGAACAAUGGGCACACAGUGAUGAUUCUGCCUACUGAUCCGGAUCCUGACUCUUUGCCGACCAUAUCCGGGGGACCGUUGAAUGACACAUACGUAUUUCAACAAUUACACUUUCACUGGGGAAAAAGUGAUGACGUAGGAUCUGAAGAUCUGAUCAAUAAUCAUUCGUUCUCGAUGGAACUACACGCGGUGUUCUGGAAGAAACUCUACGGCUCUCAACAAGAAGCAUUGAAACACGAGGAUGGCUUGACCGUUCUGGCGUACUUAUACCAGGCAGCGGACAAGCCGAAUCCGACUUUUGAGCCGAUUAUGCCGCAGAUACCAGAAAUAAAGGCGGUCGGCAGUAAUUCGACGAUAAGUGACGUUAACAUCUUAAACAAAUUGAUCGCGCCUAAUACCAUCCCGUCGCAAGAUUAUUACACGUACAAAGGGUCGUUAACUACACCCCCGUGCUUGGAGAUUGUGCAAUGGAUCGACUUCAUACACCCGCAGAUAAUAUCCCACGAGCAGUUGGCCGUUUUCCGCAGUAUUAAAGGAUCGGACGGUUCAAAAUUGACACACAAUUAUCGUCCAGUACAACCACUAGACGACAGAGUCAUUUAUCGUAAUAUCUACGAUAAAAGCUCUGGAUCGCCCAAACCUACGGAGACUUCCAAACCGACGGUUUUGACAACUAUGGAGCCAACUGCACAACCAACAACUGCUCAAUCAGCAACUGCUCAAUCAGCAACUGCUCAACCAACAACUGUACAACCAACAACUGUACAACCAACAACUUCUAAACCAACAACUGCACAGACAAGUUCUAAACCAACAACUGCACAGACAACUUCUAAACUAACAAAUGCACCAACUACUUCAAUGCCUCCUGGAAAAGUUACUAUGGCAAUACCUACUAAUGAAGUAACAGACGCAAGUAUGCCUGAAAGAAGCACAAUGAAACCAGUUGACAACGAAAGUCAUAAAAAUAGUCAAGGAAGAGUACAAAGUACAGCAGUACUCGCAAUACUGCUUGGAAUACUUUUUCUUUAACCACAUCGACAAAGUACUGGAUGUUCUAGUUAAUCUUUGACUAGAAACAGAUACACAGUUUAAUGUAAGAAGUAAACAAGUUUUGAAUAAGUAUGUAAAUAAUGUAUUUCAGUAUGAAACAGUAAUUAUUUAUACUCUCAGAGGCAUUCGUAUUUAAACAUAAUGUCUAUAUGCUGACAUUUCAUUAAAUAAUUUCAAGGCUAUGCAAUAGUAGGUUACAUAUGAUAAGAUCAAAAAUACUUUCUUAUUUUUGACUGUAAUUUAUGUAUGUACUAUUAUUAAUUAAAUAUAAGAGUGUCUUAGAUAUUAUAUAGAAGUACUCUUCGAGUCAACUUAUACUUCAGUAAAGAAAUCAUUCUUAUGUUAACUGAUUUACAAUGAGAUAUCAGAUGUAUAAAAGGUUGUUAACACACAGUCAUUGUACUUUUAUAAUGUUAGACUCUGGAAAUGUCACUAAAAGUAUUGGUUUGUCUAUCUAUUCAUCAUCAAAGAGAUCAUGCUGCCCUAUAAAAUAUAAUUUUUAAUAUUGGCAUUUGUUCGUGUAACAGUUCCUAUUGCUGCCAUAAUGAUCUAUAAAUUAGUCAUGUAGUCAAUAAGAUUCCUUUAGAAAUAAACAUGUGUGUAUGUAUCAAAUAUGGUCAACUGAAAUAAAUGAAAAAUAUAACAAC